GUCUGAGUCUGAGUCUGAGCACAGCAGUGCACACUUCAUGGAGCUUCUUCCUUUGAAAGAACAACCUUCCUCUGAAACAGAGCUUCAUCAGCAAAGCCUGGUCCUUCCUGUACCCAACUCAGAGCCUGGGGAGGCUUCUUUAAAUGGCCAACCAUUGCCUGGAGGAAAGUGCGUCAGUUUCGGUGAGCAGCAGAGCUCGGAGGCUCUCGGUGCUCCAACUGUCCCGUGGCAUGAAGCACAUCUGGACUCCAUAUUUAUGUUACUACAGGAAAACAUGGUCAGUUUUAUAAAGACUGAGCUGAAGAAGAUCCAGAAAGUUCUGAGUCCAGAUUACCCAGAAUACUUAGAGAGUCUGAGAGAUGAUGAGGAGGUGUUGGGGGAUGAGGAUGUAGAGCAGAGGAGCAGCAGAGAGGCAUUUGUGAAGAUCACACUGGACUUCCUGAGGAGAAUGAAGCAGGAGGAGCUGGCUGAGCGUCUGCAGAGCAGAAUCAGUGCUCCAGGAUGCCAACGGGAACUCAAAUCUAACCUGAAGAAUAAGUUCCAGUGUGUGUUUGAAGGCAUCACUAAAGCAGGAAACCCAACCCUGCUGAAUCAGAUCUACACAGAGCUCUACAUCACAGAGGGAGGGGCUACAGAGGUCAAUGAGGAACAUGAGGUCAGACAGAUUGAAACAGCAUCCAGGAAACCAGACAGACCAGAAACAACAAUCAGACAAGAAGACAUCUUUAAAGGCUCACCUGGAAGAGAUGAACCAAUCAGAACAGUGCUGACAAAGGGAGUGGCUGGCAUUGGGAAAACAGUCCUAACACAGAAGUUCACUCUGGACUGGGCUGAAGGCAAAGCUAACCAGGACAUCCAGUUCAUGUUUGCAUUCACUUUCAGAGAGCUGAAUGUGCUGAAAGAGGAAAAGUUCAGCUUGGUGGAACUUGUUCAUCACUUCUUUACUGAAACCAAAGAAGCAGGAAUCUGCAGCUUUGAAGACUUCCAGGUUGUGUUCAUCUUUGAUGGUCUGGAUGAGUGUCGACUUCCUCUGGACUUCCACAACACUGAGAUCCUGGCUGAUGUUACAGAGCCCACCUCAGUGGAUGUGCUGCUGACAAACCUCAUCAGGGGGAACCUGCUUCCCUCUGCUCGCCUCUGGAUAACUACACGACCUGCAGCAGCCAAUCAGAUCCCUCCUCAGUGUGUUGGCAUGGUGACAGAGGUCAGAGGGUUCACUGACCCACAGAAGGAGGAGUACUUCAGGAAGAGAUUCAAAGAUAAGAAGCAGGCCAGCAGGAUCAUCUCUGACAUUAAGACAUCACGAAGCCUCCACAUCAUGUGCCACAUCCCAGUCUUCUGCUGGAUCACUGCUACAGUUCUGGAGGAUGAGCUGCAAACCAGAAAGAGAGGAGAGCUGCCCAAGACCCUGACUGAGAUGUACAUCCACUUCCUGGUGGUUCAGACCAAAGUGAAGAAGGUCAAGUAUAAUGGAGGAGGUCAGACAGAUCCACACUGGAGUCCAGAGAGCAGGAAGAUGAUUGAGUCUCUGGGAAAACUGGCUUUUGAUCAGCUGCAGAAAGGAAACCUGAUCUUCUAUGAAUCAGACCUGACAGAGUGUGGCAUCGAUAUCAGAGCAGCCUCAGUGUACUCAGGAGUGUUCACACAGGUCUUUAAAGAGGAGAGAGGGCUGUACCAGGACAAGGUGUUCUGCUUCAUCCAUCUGAGUGUUCAGGAGUUUCUGGCUGCUCUUCAUGUCCAUCUGACCUUCAUCAACUCUAAAGUCAAUCUGCUGGAAGAACAACAAGCAAUCUCCAAGAAGCCUAGAGUAUUUAAAGAGAUAUCUAAACUAAAACAUCUCCACCAGAUUGCUGUGGACAAGGCCUUACAGAGUCCAAAUGGACACCUGGACUUGUUCCUCCGCUUCCUCCUGGGUCUUUCACUGCAGACCAAUCAGACUCUCCUACGAGGCCUGCUGACGCAGACAGGAAGUAGCUCACGGGCCAAUCAGGAGACAGCUCAGUACAUCAAAAAGAAGAUCAGAAAGAAUUCUUCUGCAGAGAAGAGCAUCAAUCUGUUCCACUGUCUGAAUGAACUGAAUGAUGGUUCUCUAGUGGAGGAGAUCCAACAGUCCCUGAGAUCUGGAAGUCUCUCCACAGAUAAACUGUCUCCUGCUCAGUGGUCAGCUCUGGUCUUCAUCUUACUGUCAUCAGAAGAAGAUCUGGAUGUGUUUGACCUGAAGAAAUACUCUGCUUCAGAGGAGGCUCUGCUGAGGCUGCUGCCAGUGGUCAAAGCCUCCAACAAAGCUUGGCUGAGUUGCUGUAACCUCUCAGAGAGAACCUGCAGUGUGCUGUCCUCAGUCCUCUGCUCAGAAACCUCGGUUCUGAGAGAGCUGGACCUGAGCAACAACAACCUGCAGGAUUCAGGCGUGAAGCUUCUGUCUGUCGGUCUGAUGAGUCCAAACUGUAAACUGAAAACUCUCAGCCUGUCAGGUUGUCUAAUCACAGAGGAAGGUUGUGCUUUUCUGACAUCAGCUCUGAGCUCAAACCCAUCCCAUUUGAAAGAGCUUGACCUGCGCUACAAUAAUCCAGGAAAAUUAAAAGGGAGGCAGCUUUGUCCGGGACUCAAGGAUUCACACUGCAGACUCAGGCUGGAUCAUGGUGGAAAGCAGUGGUUAAAACCUGGUCUGAGGAAGUAUUUAUGUGACCUGAAAGUGGACACAACCUCAAUAAAUAAAAAACUCAAACUGUCAGAUAACAACAUGAAGGUGACAGUUGUGGAGGACAAGCAGCCAUAUCCUGAUCAUGCAGACAGAUUUGACUGCUGGAAACAGCUUCUGUCCAAGAAUGGUCUGACUGGUCGCUCUUACUGGGAAGUCGAGUGGAAAGGAGGGAGUUUUAUAUCAGUGAGUUACAAAGGAAUCAGAAGGAGAGGAAACAGUGCUGACUGUAAGUUUGGGGGAAAUGAUCAUUCCUGGAGUCUGAUGUGCUCUGAUGCUUUUGGUUAUUCAGUCUGGCACAAUAACAGAGAAAUGCCCAUCUGCUCCUCAUCUCUUUCUAAGAGAGUAGGGGUGUAUGUGGACUGUCCUGCUGGCACUCUGUCCUUCUAUAGAGUCUCCUCUGACACUCUGAUCCACCUCCACACCUUCAACACCACAUUCACUGAACCUCUUUAUCCUGGGUUUGGACUCUGGUCAAGUGACUCUUCAGUGUCUCUGUGUUGCUCAUCUACCAAAAAGUCUCCAGAACAAGAGUGUUCAGAAGAAUCACAAACUACAUCUCAGUGGUAUGACAGCCUUUGACGGUUAAGCAUGAAGGUGGGACAGCCGGGGACAGUGAACAAUACGCUGAUAGAAGGAAGAAUUAGUCCCUCCAAAUAUGAGUGAAUUCUGCAUGACGAUGUCCAUCUGGAAAAGGAAAACCUCAUCAGGACGUGCAGAAAUACAGCCUGAUGCUAACGUAUAAGAGGACUCAGACGGGCCAAAUGCCACUGCUGCUGGACUGUUUUCUAUAAUGUGAUUAUUUCAAACUCGGCAGUGCUUCAACGUUUAGAGGAUUGUUGAUAACUAGACUCAACCAUGUCCACCCCGUGCAAAAGUUUACAUUUUUACACCUUUUAAACCGUUUCUGUUGAUACGUCAGCAUAUGUUAGCUCUCAGAUGUACCUAUUUUAUUAGAAGCUUAUGAUUUAUACAUUGACCAGUUGUUAGUUAUGAUCAGUGGCAGCAGCUCGAUAAUAGAAACCGAAAAAACAUUUACAGAGUGUACAAAUGAACGAUUAAAGUGUUUUACAAACUGUUAGCAGAUCUUAUAUUUUGUGUUAUUUCAUGCUCUGCUGUUUAAAUCUCAUGGUUAUGAUUAUCUUACUGUAACACAUAAAUAA